CCCCUGGAAAACGACGCCCUUGGACCUUCUUCCUCAUCCCUCAUUUUCAGCAACGAAAACAGACCCCCCCCCCCACCGUUCUUCUUCAUUUUCACAAUCUAAGAACACCCCUGUUCUUCGACAACACCAACGACGCCUGAACCCCUAAGACCCAGCACUGUGACCACCAAAAUAAUGGACUCCCAUCUUCUCUAAGACAGAGAGAUCGAUGAACCCCCAUCUGAGAAACCAAAGACGCCAUUCCUGGCUUCAUCUUCCUCGUGUUGAGCAAAAAUCAGACCUCAUUCUUUCUCUUCUAAAAAGUCAGUCGAUAUACACACAUAAAUCCGCACUAAUCUGGCUCAAUUUGACACUGGCUAAUAGCUGAAAAACUGAAGGAAACUUAGAAUUCAAAAGAAGGUUUGAAGAAAAACUUAUUCAAAGCUCAAACUUUUGUUCUUCCUGGAUUUAUACUAGCUGUAGAAUCUCAGCGUUGUGAUGUUGUUGCUGCUCCUGCCGAAACUAUUCUGAUGGCUUUCAUCUUGACGAUUCCACCCUUUGCUUGGUUUUCUUGAAAUUUAUUUCCGUUUUGCUGCUAGGGGCGAGAGGUCGGGGACCAGGAAGGGGACGCGGACGACCUAGGAAAAUACCUAUUGUAGCUUUUGGGAGCUCAGUUGGAGCUCGGAUUCAAGGGGAAGUAACACCAAAAAAUACACCAAUGGCAUCUCCUGUGCAGCUAGUUGAAGGAAUUAGAUCUGUUGAACAAGGAUCUACUUCAAAUACUAAGGAGAUACCAAAGGAUCUAGAGAUGAAGGACACUAUGGAGGCAAAUACAAAGGGCAAAAUGCAGAAGGAAAUAGAGACAGCUCAAAGCAAUGGAACAGUGACUGAGAAGCAGACUAAUGUAACAGUGAAUUCAACACAAAAGCCAGUGGAUCGAGUAGCUGAAGCAGUUAAUCCGAUAAGAACAUGGACAAACCUGAUCAAAGGCAACAGAUCUGCAACUAAUGGUAUGGCUCUAACAUAUAUUCCACCACAAAUCGUAGAUGGGCAAAUGGUGGUACAAUUGGAAGCAGAGGAAGUAGAACCAGAAGAAGAAAGUGGAAAUGUGCUUUAAUCGCAUAUGUUAUUGGAGAAACACCUGGGUAUAAUGUUAUGAACAGGUAUAUUAGCCAAAAUUGGAUAAAUAUAGAUACUCCAGAAGUAUAUUUCCAUGA